CCGCGCGCGAAUAGACAUGCUCAGUGCUAUCUGAUUAAGCUCGUGAAUCGAUACCGUGUGUUCUUUCUUGUGUACUAUAAGGAAUCAGCUUGAUACUGUGAAGGUGCCUCGGUGAAGUGACCACAGAUCCUUAACCUGUGAACCGUUCACAAUAAAAUGUGAUUAGUGAAGUGUGGAGGUGUACAUCAUAAUGUGUAGCAAAGAUCAGAUCACUCAUAUCUUGGGCAAGAUCAAUGUGGGUCUUCCGUCGUGGUCCCGCGGGGUGGAGGCGGCGGAGGCAGCCCGCGCCCGCCUGGUCCGCUGGGCGUGCGGCGACAGCGGGUGUGAGCCGCCCGACCCGCCGCGGAAGAAGAUGCCGCACGCGCUGCGGCGCCGGUGGCCCAUGUGCCCGUGCUUCCAUAAUGACGAGCCUCCGGAGAUCACGUACUGCGUGGUGGGGGGCGAGGGGGGUCUUGCCCUCCACGCGGUCACCCCCACACACCCCAUGCCGCCUCCCGAAGAACUGGAUGCCAAAUUCGCUGAGCUCGUGGAAGAGCUGGACCUGACGGCCGUGAACAAGGAAGCGAUGAUGGGGCUGCCGGCGGCGAAGAAGUGGCAGAUCUACUGCAGCAAGAGACCGCCGCCGGGGCAGGUGCUGCCGCUGGCGACUGCGCCGCAAGUCGAGGAGUACAUCAAGGCGCUCAAUGAAAUCGCUGAUGCGUUCGCAUCGUCAGAAAACAUCACACCUACAGACGCGUGUGCUCUGGUCGAUGGUCUAAAGACGGCGCUCAGGACUCGAGCUCACAGCUUCGUCCUCAGGUUCGUGAAGCAGGGCGGCCUCACUGCCCUCCUGGAGGCUCUGCAGAGGGCGCCGAGAGACGACGCUACUACGAGGCACAACCUCAUCGCUGGUAUCAAGGCUCUUAUGAACAAUUCGACUGGUCGCGCUCAUGUGCUGGCCCAUCCAACAAGCAUCGAACUGAUAGCCCAAUCCUUAGACACGGAGAAUGUCAAGACCAAAGUAGCAGCACUCGAGAUCCUAGGUGCCGUCUGUCUUGUACCAGGCGGACAUAAGAAGGUAUUGGAAGCAAUGAUUCAUUUCCAAAAAUAUGCCAGUGAACGCGCCAGAUUCCAGAGUAUUGUAAAUGAGUUGGACCGAAGUACAGGGGCGUACAGCGAUGACCUGGGUCUCAAGACUGCUAUCAUGUCGUUCGUGAACGCAGUGCUCAACUACGGGCCAGGCGAGGAGAGCUUGGAGUUCAGGCUGCAUCUUCGAUACGAGCUUUUGAUGUUGGGAAUACAGCCCGUGAUCGAGAAACUUCGCAAAUACGAGAAUGAGACGCUUGACCGUCACAUCGAGUUUUUCGAGAUGGUUCGAACUGAGGACGAGAGGGAACUUUCUAGACGGUUCGACAAGAAGCACGUGGACACGAAGAGCGCCGGCGACAUGUUUGAGCUGCUGCGGAGCAAGCUGAGCCACACCGCCGCCUAUCCCCACCUACUGUCGAUGCUCAGGCAUCUUCUGAUGCUGCCACUGGAGUACAACCCACACGCACAACACUGGCUGCUGCUGGAUCGUGUUGUACAGCAAGUAGUGCUGCAGCAACCCUCGGCCGGAAGCAGAGCCAACAGCGACCGGGACAGCGUCAGCGAAACUUCUGAUCAGCAUAAGGUGUACGAUCCUGACGUUGCACCGUUGGAGAUCAAUGUUGGUGAAAUAGUCCACCUGCUAGCGAAAGAGGAAGAGCUCGUCGCUGCCAGAAGUAAAGCUGACAGCCUAGAGAGGGAAAACGUUGACUUGGCCACGGAGUUGGCGAAAAAGGAGAAGCAAAUUGACCAACAAGGGCAAGAGAGAGAGGAGCUCGAGGGCAUGGUUGGGAGGAUGAAGGAGAGGUUAGAGAGGGAGACGGCGGCGCACAUGGAGUGCACGGAGAGGGCGCGUGCGAGUGCCUGCCGCGCGCACCAGUUGGAGCAGCAGUUGAAUCAGGAGAGAGCUGAACGAGCGCGAUUUGAGAAACUAGUCAGUGAAGGAAGCAUUCCGGACGAUGCCAAGGUCAGCAAUCUCAAGAGCGCCGUCAUAGAGACGUGUACCGCGCCACCUCCCCCGCCUCCCCCUAUCGUUUCGAUCCCGCCUCCCCCUUCUGCGCCCGUCCCUCCCCCCGCGCCUCUCGCGCCCAGUGCCCCGCAGCCCAGGCCCAAGAAGAACGUUCCGACCCCAGGAAACCCGCUGAAAAGCUUCAACUGGAGCAAACUGCCCGACGCGAAACUUCACGGAACCAUCUGGCAGGAGCUGGAUGACACGAAGCUCUAUAAUGCUAUAGAUCUCCACACCAUCGACAGGAUGUUCUGCGCUUACCAGAAGAAUGGAGUACAGAACGAGGGGUCUGUGGAGGAUUUGAGACAGUUGGGGUCGAAGCCCCGCUCCAAAAUACUGUCCGUGAUCGACGGCCGGCGCGCUCAGAACUGCACCAUACUGCUGUCCAAGUUGAAGAUGACCGACGAGGAGAUAUGCAGGGCUUUACUGCGCAUGGACAGCUCGGAGCAACUGCCACUGGACAUGGUGGAACAACUGCUCAAGUUCACCCCCAGCGCGGAGGAAGCUGCGCUGCUCGAGGAGCACCAGGAUGAGCUGGACAGCAUGGCUAGAGCUGAUCGGUUUCUAUUCGAGAUAUCAAAAAUCCCGCAUUACCAACAACGCGUUCGGACAUUGUUGUUCAAGAAGAAAUUCUCCGCGGCAGUGUCUGAGGCCAGCAGCAGAGCUUCCGUCGUGUUGAGAGCGGCCAGAGACAUGACCAGGUCCAGGCGACUGAAGACCUUGCUGGAGAUUGUGUUGGCUCUCGGCAAUUAUAUGAAUCGCGGAGCGCGAGGGAACGCGUCUGGAUUCCGGCUGUCGUCUCUCAACAAGCUGGCGGACACCAAGUCCAGUGUAUCGAGGAACACCACGCUACUGCACUACCUGGUCGAGAUGUUGGAGACACAGUUCCGGGACGUGCUGCUGCUGGAGGAGGACGUGCCGCACGUGCGCGCGGCUGCCAAGGUGUGCGUGGAGCAGCUGGAGCGCGACGUGGGCGGGCUGCGGGCCGGCCUGCGCGAGGUGGCCCGCGAGCUGGAGUACCACUCCUCGCUGCAGCCGCCGCCGCACGACGCCUUCCUGCCCGUCAUGAGGGACUUCCACGCGCACGCGCUCUGCUCCUUCACGCAGCUCGAGGAUCUCUUCCAGGAUAUGAAGAGUCGCCUGGAGGCGUGUGCGCACGCAUUCGGCGAGGAGGCGAACGCUUCCCCCGAGUUGUUGUUCGGCGCGCUCGACUCGUUCCUGGCGCAGCUGGCGGAGGCGCGGGCGGAGUGUGACGCGGCCCGCAGGAGGAGGGACGAGGAGGAGCGACGCACCAGGCACGAACAAGAGCUCAAGAAGCGUACGAUGGAGCGAAAGCAAGGCUCAAGUCUCCUGGGCUCAGUGGGCAAAUCUCUCGGCAAAUCGAACGGCGAUUGCAACGGUCACACCAACGGCGACACCUCACGAGACGGGACCCUCACCAACGGCCAGAAAGGAGAGUUCGACGACCUCAUAUCCGCGCUGAGGACCGGUGACGUGUUCGGCGAUGACGUAGCCAAGUUCAAACGCUCGAGGAAAACUUCGAAAGCGAGCCAUAAAGGACGCGACUCACCGCCGCGCGGGGUGUGUCGAGAGGACUCUAGAGAAAGGCAAAAGAAUUGAGACAUAAUUAAUAUUAUUAGAUAUUGAAAUUGUUAGCCCUAAUACCCUAUUUAGAAAUUUAUACCGGAGUAUAGAGGGCCUUAAGAUAAUUGGGGGCCAUAUAAUAUUGACGAUAUAAUCUAAUUAUUAUGGUCUUAAACGCAAGUGUCAAUAGCUGCGGACUCGUCGAUGUAAAUUAGAAUUUAAAGACAAAGAAUGCCGAGAUAGUUUAGUGGCCAUGUUUAGCUGAAAAAUUAUUUUAAACUCGAAGGCCUAUAUUUAAUGAACACCAUUUUAUUAUAUCGACCCACCUUAAACUCUAUUAUAGACGUCCCAACGAUGAAUAAUAGAACGUUAUAAUGUUAUUGUUAGUCGAUACCAGUCUAGCGAUACUCUCUGAGAAAAAAACGAUUCACUCGAUUGUAUGAAACGUGCAGUCAUUGAUAGAUUGACAGAUGUCGGCUAUAAUCUUGUUAAAAAGGGCGAUAGUCUAUUGUAAUUACUAUUUAAAACGUAUGCCGAAUGACUGCACGUUUAAUACUAAACUAAAUUUCAAUUUUUACUCAGGCAGUCCCGCCUCUUACUACGUAGUGUUUACAUCCUCUUUAGGCGAUACCAAUUCAACCAUCAUUUUGUAAUUUUAUAAGCAAUGUUAUGCGAUUGCAAAUUAUAAAAACCUAGCACUAGAAUUGACAACUACAAUUACAUCAUAUUUGACAGUGACAAAUGUGUCAUAUUGCAUUUUUUAUUGCUGAGCGAUUGGAGGCAAAAUCGAUAAACUAAAGUGACUGAAAUUUUCAAGGCUGUCUGAUUUUUUGAAUUUUGUAUAAGCGUCGUGUGAUUUGAUAAUUCAGUAGAUAUUGAAUACGUCAUCGAAGAAAAUGAUUUUAUAAAGAUGCUCGUACUUUAUAUUAUUAUAAGGCGUUUCAUAUUUAUUUUAUUUAUUUAAAUAUAGAUUGUAUUUUGAUUUGACGAAGGUAUAUGUAUUAUAUACCUUGUACCACUUGUAAAUUAUAUGUUCGUUGGAAAGAAAAAAAAUAUUUCGAAACUUUUUUUUUUAAUUUCCGGAUGUAUGGCAUUUUGCCAUCUAAUGCAUGUUGAUUUUAUUCCUGUAGUUUCAAAAUGUUUUUAUUUAUAAUAUCCGUAAGGAAACGUAGACUUUAAAUACAUUUUGUCACAAAAUUAAGGUCUUCCGUGGCUUUCACUGUCUAAGGCUAAGAUCUAUAAAGCUUACUUAGAUUUUGCUUAGACUUUACUUACGUUAAACUUAGCUGAGUGUGAUAAAACGCGAACUUGUGGAUCUGCCGCCAGUUUGAUGUGUGGCAGUGCGGUUUUGAAGGGUCCGUAGCUACUACGUAAGUCGGAGAGUUACUACGAGCCGAUCUAAUUCUUAGGCAACAGAUAUGUUUGAAGCGUUUAAUCAAAAAGCAAUCAUAUAUCAUAUAUAACGUGAACUAUAUCGGUUUUCAAGGAACUUUCUUCCACGUAGGUACUACAAAGCUGUGGAAUGAGCUUCCUUGUGCGGUGUUUCCGGGACGAUACUACAUGGGUACCUUCAAAAAAAGCGCGUACACCUUCCUUUAAGGCUGGCAAUGCUCCUGGGUUUUUCCUCUGGCAUCACAAGAGAAUGUGGUGAUCACUUAACACCAGGUGACUCGUACGCUCGUUUGUCCUUUUCUAUUAAAAAAAACUUGACUUUUGUAUUGGGCUGUCUUAGCUUAACUCGGUAUAAUUUCAUCUGUCAAAUGCAUAUAAAAACAAAAUAAAAGUUUAUGCUCAGCUUCUACUCAGCUAAGUUAUACGUAAGUUAAGUCUGAGCAAAGUCUUAGUACGGUUAAAGAUCUCAUCUUAACUGCACUCGUUUCGAGUAUACUGGGAUAGUGAAAACCCCAUUAAAAGAUGUGAAGUAAAAUUUGAAGCAAUAGAGGAAUUGAGUACCUUUAAUAAUAUCUUUCCAUUGCCUAAUUUUAUCGCCGUAGUUAGAGUCAAUGUUUUUGAUGAAUUUACAAUAAAAUAUACAAUUAAAUUAACGUGAGAUUAUAACUGGUUCUGUUUUAUAAUUAACUUGUAAAUAAUAAUGUAAUCUGUUACCAUAUGUGAUGGAGUUAUUAUAAUUUAUUGAGAUAGUAUGAUAGUAGUGAUGUGUAGUGGUUUGUAAUUUGUAAAUUUUAUCGUUUUGUUCAGUAUUUCUUAAGGAUAUAGUAUAUGUGAUGUAAUAGAAAUAUUUAAAUAAAACAUAUAAAAUAA